UCUCCAGAGGAUGGAGGCCACAGCCGAGGAAAGCAGACGGGCGACCAAGCUGAAACGACUGCAGAACCUCCCAGACUUCUCCGUCCCUCUCUACUGGGACAACGUGGCUCCUGCAGGAGAGCUGACGAUGGUCCCCCUGCAGCCUUCCUCCCUCGAGUUCCAAACGUUGGAGAAAAACUUCCGAAAAACCGUCAACAAGACUGUGCACUCGAUCCAGCGCAUUCAGAGCCCGCGUCUCCGCCAGGCCUACGAGCUGCACCUGAACUACACGUCUCAUAAGAACGGGCAGAGCAGGGGGGAGGCCGAAAGGCUGCUCUACCGCGGUGCGAGUCAAGAGUUCUGCGAGUCAGUCAAGCAGACCGGGUUCAACAGGAGCUAUCCGGGAGUCAACGGAACCUCCUAUGGCGGCGGGAUGUACUUCGCCGUAGCAGCCAACACCUCGAGCGGAUAUGCCGUCAAAGACGCAGAGGGGCACCGUAGGAUGUUUGUGGCUCGGGUGGUAACCGGACGCUUCACCGGGGGUCACAGGAACAUGAAGACCCCCCCGUGCUGUUUCCCGCGUCAGCACCGCCUCCACUGCGACAGCGCCGUGGACGACGUGCAGAAUCCGGGCCUCUUUGUGGUGUUCCACGACAACGCAGCUUACCCGGACCACCUCAUCACCUUCAAGUGAUGCCAGGAGGGACCCGGGAGGGACCCCGGGAGGGACCCCCCAGAUCCUGCAGCGGUGUCAGGAAGCACCGCUGCAGAUGGUUCACCCACAGUGCGGAGCAUCUCAUCUGUAGACUGUAAAAUGUAGGCGUUUAUGGCCCAUACAGCAAAAAAAAAAAAAAAAUCUCACCACAAUGUGAAGUUUUACAUGACCUUGCAACCUGCAAGACGAGAUAUCUAAAAUAAAAGUACACAAUCGUUCUCACCGAUGUGGAAGCUCGCUUUGCCUCGCUUAAAACACGAGACAGCGAAAUGCGUGAAGCGGUCAUCAGAUUGUCAUGUUGUAAUAUCAGAUUCUCCUUUGGAA